AAAAAAAACAAGAAACAGAAAUAGUUAUCAAACACGUUCCUAUUUCUUGUUCUGAAAAAAGAAAAAAUAGGGAACAAGAAACAGAAAUGUUACAAAACGGACCUUUAGCUUCUCUCUCUAGUCAAAAGAAAAAUAAUUAGCCUUAAAGACUUUUUAUAUAUAUAUAUAUGUCCAAUAGAUUUGCAAAUUCUGCAAAAACAUAUUGUGUGAAAACUAUUGGAAUUCGCAGAUGGCCAAUAAGCAUUUUAUAAAUUGUUAUGUCUCAUUUGUAUGGCUGUUAUGCGUAAUAUUGCUCUCAACUACAACUGUUGGUGAUUAUACUUCAAAUUAUAAUUGUAGCUCUGCUGAGAGGGAAGCCUUGAUUUCCUUCAAACAAGGCUUAUCGGAUCCUUCUGCUCGUCUUUCUUCUUGGGUUGGCCAUAAUUGUUGUCAAUGGCAUGGCAUUACCUGUGAUCUCAUUUCUGGAAACGUCAUUAAAAUUGAUCUACACAACUCAUUGGGCUCUACCAUUUCUCCAUCAUCUCUUAGGUUUGGUGGGGAUUAUGAACAACCGUGGAAAGAUCCCGAGGAUUUUGUACAAGACUUCCAAAAGACUUCUUUGAGUGGGAAAAUAAGUUCUUCUCUACUUGACCUCAAACAUUUGAAUUAUAUCGACUUAAGUCUAAAUAAUUUUGAAGGUGCUCCAAUUCCAUAUUUUUUUGGGAUGCUCACGAGCGUAAGGUAUCUCAACCUUUCUUUUGCAAAUUUUAGUGGACAAAUUUCUGUUUAUCUAGGAAAUUUAUCUAAUUUGAAUCAUCUAGAUCUUUCUACUUGGAAUCUAGAGUAUUUCAAAUGGCCUAAUUUGCAUGUUGAAAACUUGCAAUGGAUUUCUAGUCUUUCUUCUCUUGAGUACCUUAAUCUUGGAGGGGUGAAUUUAAGUAAUGUCCAAGCUUCAAAUUGGAUGGAUGCAGUGAAUAGACUUUCUUCUUUGUCAGAAUUACGCUUAACUCAAUGUGGUAUUUCAAGUUUUAAUACUUCAGCUGCUAAUUUUUUAAAUCUCACUUCACUUAGAGUCCUCGAUUUAUCGAGUAACUGGAUAAAUUCUUCUAUACCUUUGUGGCUAUCUAACCUUACUAGCAUUUCAACGUUUGAUUUGAGGUUCAAUUAUUUUCACAAUACAAUUCCUCGUGAUUUUAUGAAAUUGAAAAAUCUCCAACACCUACACUUAAGCUAUAAUAGUUUAAGUAAUAUUAUUGGAGAUCAAUCACGGCCAAGCUUUCCACAAGAUCUUUGCAAGUUACGACUUUUGCACCUUGCGGGCAAUAAUUUUAAGGUUAAACUUGAAGAGUUUUUGGAUAGUUUCUCAAAUUGUACCCGGAAUAGUUUGGAAUCCUUGGACUUGUCAAGCAAUGGAUUUGUGGGAGAAAUACCAAAUUCAUUGGGAACAUUUGAGAACCUACAAAUCUUGGAUCUCUCCGAAAAUCAAUUGUGGGGUUCACUUCCAAAUUCAAUAGAUAAUUUGUCUUUGUUAAAAUAUUUGGAUAUCUCAUAUAACUCUUUAAAUGGAACUAUACCUUCAAGUUUUGGACAACUUUCAAACUUAGUUGAGUUUAGAGAUCACAAUAAUUCAUGGAAGAAUAUAACUAUAACAGAGGCACACUUAAUAAAUUUGACAAAGUUGGAAAUCUUUCGAAUGUCAAAAUAUAAACAAGAAUUUGUUUUCAACAUCUCAUACGAUUGGAUUCCUCCAUUCAAACUGAAGGUUCUUUAUUUGAAAAAUUGUCCCAUUGGCCCACAGUUUCCAAUUUGGCUUCGAACUCAAACUCAACUUGUUGAAAUCACUCUCAUCGAUGUUGGGAUCUCAGGCUCUAUACCAUACGAGUGGAUUUCUAACAUAUCUUCUCAAGUCACUAAAUUGGAUUUGUCCAACAACUUGCUCAAUAUGAGCUUCUCCCACAUAUUCAUCAAAUCCGAUCAAACUAAUUUUGUUGGUGAAAGUCAAAAGCUCCUCAAUGACUCAAUUCCCCUCCUUUAUCCAAAUCUAAUAUACUUGAAUCUACGAAACAAUACACUGUGGGGCCCUAUACCCUUAACUAUCAAUGAUUCGAUGCCCAACUUGUUUCGAUUAGAUUUGUCUAAUAAUUACCUUAUUAAUGGUACAAUUCCAUCAUCCAUUAAAACAAUGAAUCACCUUGGAGUACUGUUAAUGUCAGACAACCAACUUUCAGGGGAGCUUUUUGAUGAUUGGAGUAGACUCGAAUCAAUGCUUGUUGUUGAUUUAGCCAACAAUAAUCUACACGGAAAAAUUCCAACCACAAUAGGUCUGUCAACAUCCCUCAACAUAUUAAAGUUAGAGAACAACAAUUUGCAUGGAGAAAUUCCGGAAUCCUUGCAGAAUUGUUCACUACUCACGAGCAUCGAUCUUUCAGAAAAUAGAUUCUUAAACGGAGACCUGCCUUCAUGGAUAGGAGUAGCUUUGUCAAAGCUACGAUUGUUGAACUUGCGGUUUAAUAAUUUCAGCGGAACCAUUCCAAGACAAUGGUGCAAUCUUCAUUUUCUUCGUAUAUUAGAUUUAUCAAACAAUCGUCUUUUUGGAGAAGUUCCAAGUUGUUUGUAUAAUUGGACAUCUUUUGUCCAUGGCGAUGAAGACUUAGGUGGAUUGGGAUAUUAUCAAUAUAGUACGGGAUUGAGGUAUUACUCGUACGAAGAAAAUACAAUGUUGGUUAUGAAAGGUACAGAGUCUAAAUACUACAAUGCUAUUGUUAAGCUUGUUUUGACAAUAGAUCUUUCAAUGAAUAAAUUGAGUGGUGAAAUUCCAAAUGAGAUAACAAAGCUCAUUCAUUUGUGUGCUCUAAACUUGUCUUGGAAUGCUCUUGUGGGUACCAUUCCAGAAAAUAUUGGGGCCAUGAAGACUUUAGAAACACUGGAUCUCUCCCAAAACCAUCUUUCUGGAAGGAUUCCCGACAGCCUAGCAUCUUUAAAUUUCUUGACACAUUUGAAUAUGUCAUUCAACAAUUUGACUGGAAAAAUACCAACGGGUAAUCAGAUUCAAACGCUGGAAGAUCCCUCCAUAUAUGAAGGCAAUCCUUCUUUAUGCGGGCCUCCUCUUAAGAUCAAGUGUCCUGGUGAUGAAAAUUCAAAUAAUACCCCUAUUUCAACAAGGGAUGAAGAAGAUGGAAAAGAAAAUGACUCAGAAAUGCUUCUUGGCUUCUACAUCAGUGUGGCAAUUGGUUUUCCAGUUGGUCUCAACAUCUUGUUCUUUAUCAUUUUCACAAAUGAAGCAAGGAGAAUAUUCUACUUUCGCUUUAUUGAUCGUGUCAACUACAACAUACUCCAGACAAUUGACUCUCUUACGAUUGGUUUGAGGAGAAUGAUCAUGUGGAGAAGAAGCUACUAAUCAAAGGCUGCAGUUUCUUGGUUGGCUAACAAAUCUCAGGUGAAAGUUUUGUUUCAAGUCUGAUUAUCUUAAGAAGUAUAUUUUUGUUUCUUUCUUUUUUGAAGUUUUAAUUUAAGUUUGUGGACUGUUUUAGUUGAUUAUAAUAAAUGAAUGGAUGAGUUUUAAUUACUCUUUUUUUGGUUGAAUUAUUCCAUAUUCAUUCAAAUAAUGAUAUAGAUCAUGCAAAAAUUGGCAAUGAAAUAGAUUAAAUAGAUUCUUUUUCUAUUUCUACUUGUAUUUUAAUGUCUACUUUUGGGUUGAACAAACCAUUCAUAAUCAAUUUGAAUAGAAAAAUAUGAAAGAAUGUGAAAUUUUGUAUGCUUAAAGUUGAAAUUAAAUUGGACAAGAUUAAAAGAAAAACCACAAAAAAUGAAGUAUAAGAACAUACCAGAGUUCCUUCUGCCACUGUCGGAACUUCCUAACAAUCGGAAAUUAGAGGAAGGGUGAGGAAGGGUGAAGACGAGAGAAUUUAG